UUAACUUGCUGCAGGCAGCAGAGUGGGAUGGUCCUCCUCACCAUCACCAUGUGUAUUUUUUUUAACUUCCUGCACUAAAUUCAGACUGGUCCAUGACUGUGUGCUUCUUCCCCCAGAGGAAAAACAUGAGUAUUCCAACUGUACAACUGUCUACUGGUGCAGUGAUUCCUUUACUUGGACUGGGAACCUGGAAGUCAGCACCUGGUCAGGUGCAGCAAGCUGUAGAGGUGGCCAUAGACAACGGAUAUCGACACAUUGACUGUGCACACGCAUAUCGCAAUGAGAAAGAGGUGGGAGCUGGAAUUAGUUCCAGAAUUCAAAAAGGAGUGGUGAAAAGAGAGGAUCUUUUUAUUGUUAGCAAGCUGUGGAAUAAUUACCAUGACCAGGAGAAUGUUAAACCAGCUUUUAUGGAGUCUCUGACGAAUCUGCAUCUGACAUAUUUAGAUGUGUACCUCAUGCAUUCUCCAAUGGGUACCAAGCUAAAUAAACAGUCUGGUGAAGUAGAGUUCUCAGAUGUUGAUUACACAGAUACCUGGAAGGAAAUGGAAAAGCUUGUAGAUGAAGGCCUUGUGAAAGCUAUUGGUGUGUCUAACUUCAAUGUCGGUCAGCUGGAGAGAUUACAGUCGAUGUGCAGAAUUAAUCCAGCAGUCAACCAGGUGGAACUGCACCCUUACCUGACACAGCCAAAACUUGUGCAGUACUGUAAGACAAAUGGAAUAGUCCUGACAGCAUACAGUCCGUUUGGCUCUCCAGACAGCCCUUUUGUACAAUGUGACAAGCAAAGACUCCUUGAAGAUCCUGUAAUAAGUGCGAUUGGAAAAAAAUAUGGCAAGACAAAUGCACACGUGCUCCUCCUCUACCAUGUGCAGAGAGGUGUUACAGUAAUUCCAAAAAGCGUCACUCCAGUCAGAAUUAUUCAGAAUGCACAGAUUUUUGACUUCAGUCUGUCGGAUGAUGAUAUAAAAACUUUGGAAGGACUGAACAGAAACUGGAGAUCUGCCAAAUGGGAUGUUUCAGGGUUACCAUCCCAUAAGUUCUAUCCAUUUAAGGAAGACUGAAAUUUCAUCAUGUCACAAAGAAAGAAAGGGUGAACCAGAAAGGACAUCACAAGAGAGAUGAAAACAAUUUACAAAAGAACAAUUACUUUUUAUGAAUAUAUGUUGCAAUGUAACAGUUGUUUCUUAUCAACCAGUAUGAGUGACAUUUUCUUGCACAACUUUCUUUCCAAAAAAAAGUCAAGUAUUUGUAUUAGUCAGAUUUUGUUUAAUAACUUAACCAGUGCACUGACAGAAGUACAUGUUAAUCAUUGACAACUGCACUUCAGCAGUUGUCCUGCAGUAAAGAACUGCCAGUAAUAAAAUACAGCGUGUGUCAA